CGCUAGCCCUGCCGCCUGCGCCGCCGUGGUUUUGCCAGCGCUGUACGCGUUGUCACACCGCUGCGAGCUAGAAAUAGCUCUAAGACGCCGGCGAAACGUACGCGAAGCUGUCAAGCCGUACCCGCCAGCACUUUCGACGCCAGCCCCCUCCAGCGAGCGAGAGGCACAAGCACUCUCCAGCGAGCGCUGCCGCCGCGGACGCGCGCGCCUAGCCAACCAUGGGCGCGAAAGCGUCCCGAUGCCUCGAAUUAGCUCCGGCGGAGGACGACACGCAGGGCCCGAAGAACCCGGGCCCGUUCGAGCGGCUCCACGACGACUGCCGGAGGGUCGUCCACUGCAACACCUUUGAGGGCGUGAAGUUCGACGUGAGCAAGCCGCUCACGCCGACCUUCGCCGUGAACCAUAAUUUCUGGUUGGGCGGGAGCCACUACCCGUCGGCGAACCAGCAUUACAAGUUCGGCGCGACGCUCGGCGACAACGAGCGCGUGUGCUUCGGGUCCGUCGACCAGUACGGGACCGUGGAGGGCCAGAUCGUCGGGGCCGUCGCCGGCCCCUUGCAGGGCAAGCUCAUUUUUAAUUUGCCCAACGACCCCCAGGCCUUUGUGGGCAUUUGCGAUUUGGACUACAUUGGCACGACGUCGUCGUCGCAGCUCAAGGUCGCGCGGAACAUUCAUGGGGUGAACGGGACGCACCUCGGCUGCAGCUACGUCCAGGCCAUCACGAAGCGACUAGCUUUAGGUGGCGAGGGCAUCCUCCAGGCGGCGGCGCCCGCGGCGACGUUCACGUCGGCCCUCAAGUGGACGGGCGACAAGUGGUCGGGCGUCGCGUCCUGGAGCGCGGGGCCGCCGGCGCAGCCCGGCCAGUUGGCGCUGGGCUACGCGCGAACCGUCAGUCCGAACCGCGUCACGCUGGGCACGGAGCUGAACGUGGCGCCCGCGACGGGCGACGCGUCGUUCAGUGCUGGUGCGGAAUUUGCGUUGAAGCAGUCGAGGGUCAACCUCGCGGUCGACGGCAGCGGGCGGAUGCAGUCCUGCGUCGAGGCGGUCCUGUCGCCGGCGGCCAAGUUGCUGUUCAGCGCGGAGAUGACGCUGGGCUGGGCGGCGGAGCCGGGCAAGCCGCGGGACUCGUUCAAGUUCGGCUACGGUUUGCAGAUUGGCUCCUAGAUUCGUGCUUGCUUCUCGUGUAUAACAGUUACGUUUAUUGCUUA